AUGGAGCGGAAUAUCGAUAUUUACGCCAGCAAGCUGGGGGAUGAAAAGCUGGAAGUAAAAGUGAGAGCCAAUGUCGCAACCGAGUUACGAGACAGCAUUGAACCAUUAUGCUCCGGUGCCAACUACCCUGUCUUUCUGGCAAAGCUGUGGCCGGUAUUCAAGGCCAUCUUGAAGGGGGACCCGGUCUUCUUAAGCUUGUCUUAUGAACAGAAACUACGAAACUGUAUCCUCGAGACCCUCCAUCGGCUACCAAUGGCUUCUCCGGACGUUGAGCCCUACGCUGCCGACAUGGUCGACCUGCUGAUGGAUCUCGUCCGGAUCGAAAACGAAGAUAAUGCCGUCCUGUGUAUGAAGACAAUCAUGGAUUUGGAGCGCAACCAGGCCAAAGCGACAGCGCAACGGGUACAGCCGUUCCUCGAACUUAUCCAGGAGAUGUUCCAGACUAUGGAGCAGGUGGUUCGGGAUACCUUCGAUAGCCCCAACCAAGCCACACCUUCUGGCAUGCCUUCCACGCCGAACACCACCGCCCAGAACUUUCAGUCGCCUCGGCCAAACUCCCCUGCAGCAUCUGUGGUAGACCUGGGAAAUCCCGACCAGCAGCAGUCAAGCAAUGUCAUCCUCAAGGGCAUGCAGUCGUUCAAGGUCCUCGCCGAGUGCCCCAUCAUCGUCGUCUCGAUCUUCCAAACUCACCGCGCGUCGGUAUCGGCAAAUGUCAAACUCUUUGUGCCACUCAUCAAGACUAUCUUGCUGCUGCAAGCGAAGCCGCAGGAGAAGGCGCAUGCGGAUGCUGCUGCGCAGGGCACAAUCUUCACCGGCGUGUGUAAGGAAAUCAAAAACAGAGCCGCAUUUGGGGAAUUCAUCACUGCUCAAGUGAAGACGAUGAGCUUCUUGGCGUACCUUUUACGUCUGUAUGCUCAUCAACUCCAAGAUUUCCUCCCGACGCUUCCAUCGGUGGUUGUGCGACUUCUUCAGGAUUGUCCGCGUGAGAAGUCCGGAGCAAGGAAGGAGCUUUUGGUUGCCAUUCGCCACAUCAUCAACUUCAACUACCGCAAGAUCUUCCUCGAAAAGAUCGAUGAGCUUCUGGAUGAACGGACUCUUAUCGGUGAUGGCCUCACUGUCUACGAGACGAUGCGGCCACUGGCCUACAGCAUGCUCGCCGAUCUCAUCCAUCAUGUGCGCGACCACCUCACUCGCGACCAGAUUCGGCGAACGGUCGAGGUGUAUACCAAGAACCUGCAUGACGACUUCCCGGGCACGAGCUUCCAGACAAUGAGCGCGAAGUUGCUUCUGAACAUGGCAGAGAAGAUUUCAAAACUCGAGGACAAGCAGGAGGCUCGUUAUUUCUUGAUCAUGAUCCUUGAUGCAAUCGGUGACAAGUUUGCUUCCAUGAAUCACCAGUUCAACAACGCGGUCAAGGUAUCCAAGGCCUACAAGGCCUACAAGAAGGACACCGAGCCUCAUGCGGAGAACUACCUUGCCGAGAAGGAUCAGCCACCGGACUGGGAUGAGAUUGAUAUCUUCUCGGCCUCUCCUAUCAAGACUUCCAGCCCUCGUGACCGGGGUGGGGACCCUGUUUCGGACAACAUUUUCCUCUUCAAGAACCUGAUUAACGGAUUGAAAAACAUCUUCCAUCAAUUGAAAAAUUGCAACCCGGAUGACAUUCAGAUCGAUCCGAACAGCGUCCCGAUCAAUUGGUCAGAAGUUUCCUAUGGGUACAAUGCCGAGGAAGUCCGAGUGAUCAAGAAACUUUUCCACGAAGGCGCUCGCGUGUUCCGCUACUACGGCGUCGACCAGUCUCCCCCGGAAAUCAAUUACUCCUCCCCAUUCGAUUUCCUUGCCAGUCAGUACACGGCGCCCAUGUCGCGCGAGGAGAAGGAACUUCUGGAAAGCUUCGGCACCGUCUUCCAUUGCAUCGACACGGCGACAUUCCAUGAGGUUUUCCACUCCGAAAUUCCGUAUUUGCAUGAGCUCAUGUUUGAGCAUGGUGCUCUGCUUCACCUCCCGCAGUUCUUCCUGGCCAGUGAGGCGACUUCACCGGCAUUCUCGGGAAUGGUGUUGCAAUACCUCAUGGAACGCAUCCACGAAGUUGGGACGUCUGACAUGACAAAAGCCAAAAUCCUGCUGAGGAUGUUCAAGCUCUCUUUCAUGGCUGUGACGCUCUUCUCCGUCCAGAACGAACAGGUGCUUCAUCCCCAUGUCACGAAGAUCGUCACCAAGUGUAUCGAAUUGUCGGUCACUGCUGAGGAACCCAUGAACUACUUCCUUCUCCUGCGAUCUCUCUUCCGGAGCAUCGGUGGUGGACGAUUCGAGCUUCUCUACAAGGAAAUCCUCCCUCUCCUGGAGAUGCUCCUGGAGACCUUCAACAAUCUGUUGCUUGCAGCUCGAAAGCCGCAAGAGCGUGAUCUUUAUGUCGAACUCACCCUUACUGUUCCGGCGCGACUGAGUCAUCUCCUUCCUCAUCUCAGCUACUUGAUGCGUCCAAUUGUGGUGGCUUUGCGCGCCGAUUCAGACCUCGUUGGCCAAGGCCUACGUACUCUCGAGCUCUGUGUGGACAAUCUUACUGCAGAUUACCUUGAUCCAAUCAUGGCUCCUAUUAUGGACGAGUUGAUGACCGCUCUCUGGGACCACUUGCGCCCUCAACCAUACAACCAUUUCCAUGCGCACACCACAAUGCGGAUCCUGGGCAAGCUCGGUGGCCGCAACAGGAAGUUCCUCAACCACCCACCCGAGUUGUCAUUCGAGCAGUUCUCCGACGACAACCCGAGCUUCGAUAUUCGGCUGAUUGGCCCCAGCGAGAAGCGGCCUUUCCCCGUGGAUAUUGGAAUUGACCUUGCGAUAGCCAAACUCAUGGAGGUUCCGAAGACAGCUUCUGCCAAGGACUCAGACGCCUUUUACAAGCAGCAGGCUUACCGCAUGCUCAGUUCUCAUCUCAAACUCCAGAUUGGGUAUGAGAACCUCCCCGAUGACCUGGCCUCCUUGAUCCGGUUGCAUGCAAACGACCUGUUUGAAAACAAGACCGGCCCCAUGGCCGAUAUACUUGACAAGUCCGAGCGAUCAGCAUCUAUCACGAAGAAACUGGCGCAGGAAGCAAUUGUGAAGAAGCUUAUCAAGGCUUGUAUCUUUGCUACGACGAUUCCAGACCUCGAGCAAACGGCAACUGCUUUCGUAGCGGAUGUUUGCAAGCAUUUUACCGUCGUCGAGGUCGGUCGGGCUCUUGCUCAAGCUCGACACAGCCGCAAGCCAUUUGAUGUGGCCAACGGAGAAGGCCCGGUGAACAUUGAUUCCCGAAUCCUGGCUGAGGCUAUUGUUGACUGCCUCUCCUCGGACAAUGUUCACGUUCGCGAAGCUGCCGAGAAGGUCAUGCUCGUCGUGAAGGAUGCUGCCGCUGUCAUCUUUGGUGCUCCCGAGAAGGCUUCCAAACUCUUGUUCUUCCAGCACCUGGGCCGUGUCUUCUGCCACAGCUGCCACAGCGAGGAGUGGUUCACGAAAGCAGGUGGCAGCCUUGGUAUCAAUCUCCUCGCGACCAAGUUGGACCUUGGAGAGUCUUGGCUUUACGAACGGCAUUUUGAAUUUUCGCGGGCUCUGAUGUAUGUCAUCAAGGACACGCCUGCCGAUCUCCCUGCUUCGACGCGCAUCCAGUCGCAGGAUACCAUUAACUUGAUUCUGCAAAAGUGCGGCAAGCUCAUGCCCAAGGAUGAUUUGAAGAACGAGAAGAGCCGCCUUCUCGCUCUCUGUGGCUUCUUCGUUUAUGAGCUGGGACAUAUGAAUAAACACGUCCGCGAAACGUCUCGCCGCUGCUUCAUAACCCUGAAAGACGAGCUUGGCUGCGAAGUCCAUGAGCUCAUUUAUCCUGUGAGGGAUCGCCUCCUCCAGUCGAUCUUCAACAAACCUUUGCGCGCUCUUCCUUUCCCAUCGCAAAUUGGCUUCAUAGAUGCCAUUACGUACUGCUUGGGCCUUCAUAACGACAUCGUCACUUUCAAUGAGCCGCUCAAUCGACUGAUGUUGGAGUCUCUUGCCCUGGCCGACGCUGAUGACGAAUCUCUGGCGUCCAAGCCGAAUGAGUUCAAGAACGCGGAGAUGAUUGUUAACUUGCGGGUUGCCUGCCUUCGCCUCUUGUCCAUGGCAAUGAGCUUCCAAGAGUUUGCCAACACCCCUCAAAACACGAGUCGUGCGCGCAUCAUCUCCGUCUUCUUCAAGUCACUAUACUCUCGGUCACCUGAAGUCAUUGAUGCUGCGAAUGCUGGGUUGAGAGAUGUCUUGACACAAACCAACAAGCUUCCCAAGGACCUGCUUCAGAAUGGCCUGCGUCCUAUCUUGAUGAACCUGCAGGAUCCCAAGCGUCUGAGUGUUGCGGGUCUGGACGGCCUUGCCCGACUCUUGACCUUACUUACGAAUUACUUCAAGGUUGAGAUUGGUGCACGUCUGCUUGAUCAUAUGAAGGUCAUUGCCGACGAUACUGUUUUGCAGAAAGUCUCUUUCAGUCUUGUGGAACAGAACCCGGCCAUGAAGAUUGUCGCGGCCAUUUUCAACAUCUUCCAUCUCCUCCCCUCCGCGGCCACGUCCUUUAUGGAGCAUAUUGUCAACAAAGUUCUAGACCUUGAGACGAAGCUGCGAAGAACCUCCCACAGCCCAUUCCGAAAGCCCCUUGUUAAGUACCUUAAUCGCUACCCGAAAGAGAGUCUCGCAUUUUUCUUUGCUCGCUUCAACGACGAGAGAUUCGGGCGCUUUUUCGGACAACUUCUGGCUGAUCCUGAGAGCGAAGCAUUGCGCAAUGCUGUGGUCGCCGACUCCGAAGGGUUUUCCCAUGCCGCCUUCCCGCAGGAGUCGACCGAAGGCAAGAACACUGCUGCCAUCAACGGUAUCUAUGUGGCGCACUCCGUCUGUUCCUUCAGCUCAACCAAGAAUUGGCUGGUUUCACAUACGGAUUUGAGGACCAAGCUUCUAACCUCUGGUCGAGAGUUGGAGCGCAAGCUUCGAAGUGACAGUCUGCCGACGGAUGAGCGACUCAGGGUGGAGCAGGCAGAAGAGCAAUUGAUGGACGUGUUCACAACCUACCUGACCGAAGCCACGCAUGACUUGGACUUUUUGUUUGAGGUCAUCGACGGAUUGUCCGCGGAUGAAUUGAAGCGUACGCUAGCGCUUCCGAAGUUCAUCUACCACCAGAUCAUCACGAACGAGUCGAUUGACUACCGACGUUCCGUCAUCAUGCGCUGCCUCGAUCUCUAUGGCCAACGUGCCUGCUCUCAGAGGACCAAGACGUACGCGUUCCGCCAUCUUGUUAAUCCCAUUUUUGCCAUGGACGUGCAGACUACGUGGAACAGCUCGCCAAACACCCCGAAGCUUAUGGACAAGAGCAUGACCGAGUCCAUCCAAAGCCGCCUGUGGAAGCCUCAACUGGCCGACAUCAGCGAGGAGUCGAGCCAAGCUGGAGUGGACCAUUCACGCAUGGAGCUGCUUCAGCUGUCUGCCUUGUUGAUCAAGUACCAUUCUCAAACGGUGCAGGACUCCCGCAAAGACAUCAUCAAAUUUGCCUGGAAUUACAUCCGCCUCGAGGAUAUUAUCAACAAAUACGGUGCCUACGUCCUUAUCAGCUACUUCAUUGCUCACUACGAGACACCCUUCAAGAUCGUGAUCCAGGUCUAUGUCGCCUUGCUGAGGGCUCACCAGAACGAAGGCAGAGCCCUGGUCACUCAGGCUCUCGAUGUAUUGGCUCCUGUUCUUCCAACAAGGACAAGCGGCAACCAAGGGGCAGAGGCGCGGUACCCAUUGUGGGCGAAGUGGCCUCGUCGUAUCCUGGCGGAAGAAACCGCGAAUCUGCAGCAGGUGAUGAGCAUCUUCCAAUUCUUGGUACGACAGCCGGACCUCUUCUACGAGUCAAGGGAGCAUUUUGUCCCUCUCAUUGUGCCUUCUCUGAUUAAGAUCGCGGGCCCACCGAACACGUCCAACGACAGCAAAAAGCUCGCACUCAAUCUGAUUGGUUUGAUCUGGCACUGGGAAGAAAAGCGGGUCAAGGGCGGCGCUGAUUCCAGCAGCUCCAGCGUGCCUCCGGGGCCUAUGGAAUCGCCAAAUGCGAAGAAGCGUAAGCUUGAAGAGGCCCAGGGAGCAUCGGCAUCUCCAGCCUCCUCUACUUUCGCUCCUCCGAGCGGUCGUUCAGAAUACACCGUUCCUCCUGAUCUCCGGGCGGCUUUGACCAAGUACCUCAUCACGUUCAUCACCACCAUUCCAGAACGCUUCUUGGUCCCGGCUUCUAAAAUCCGUGAAUUGCCCUCUUCCAAACAGCAGCCGCUUGUUCAUACUGGCGAGAUGAUCAUCAAAGCUACCAACCUGCUGCGAAACCUACUCUCACCGGAAUACUGGGGUGACCUCGACAUCGACCUUUAUCAGAAGGUGACGGAACCCAUCCUCUCAGGAGAAAAGGCAGACAAACCAGACGAGAAACAUAUCACUGCCAUGGUGAACACUUUGCAGGUCUUGCGGGUGCUGCUGGCGGGCAAACCGAACGAAUGGAUUACGGCCCGUCUCCAAACCGUUCAGAAGCUUUUUGAAAAGCCUUUGAAAUCGGAUAACCCCGAGAUCCAGGACUGCUUGCACGGAUUGGAAGAUGAGAUGGACAUUCCAAUCAAGCUGCCGCCGCCCGUGCGCCGUGUCCUUGAUGCUAUCCCAGAUGAACAACCUGACGACGAAGAUGCCAUGGACACCGAGGGAUCAGCGUCGGAAUUUUCCACAUAUCUGUCUGCGAUUGCCACGGAGACUCUCUCUGCAAGCAACUAUGUUUCGAGUCUGAAUACCCUUUGGACGCUUUCCAAGAACAAGCCUUCUGAGAUUGACGCACAUAUUCCGGCUGUGAUGAAGGCUUUUUCCCAGAAGCUUGCCAAGGAACAUGUUGCUGCCUCCACUACCACCCCCGCCGCCACCCCCGGCAACAACCAGAAUGGCGGACAGCCCCCGCAAGGUGCAAAGCCUUCGGAAGGGGUUCCAGAUCAGCAAGAGUUUGAGAUCGGCGUGGACCUCAUCUUCAAGACGAUUGAACUGAUCUCUGUGCGCAUGUCUCAUCUCGGCGAUCAGCGGCGGCCCUUCCUCAGCGUGCUGGCACAGCUUGUGGAGCGGUCGCAGAACAUCAAGUUGUGCAGCAAGGUUCUAGGCAUGACGGAGUCUUGGAUUUUCCAUUCGACCGAGUCGUGGCCGACUUUGAAGGAAAAGACGGCGGUUCUACACAAGAUGCUGCUAUUUGAAUCGCGCCCCGACCAGACGAUGCUGAAGAAGUUCCUCGACCUUGUCAUCCGAAUCUACGAGGACUCGAAGAUCACCCGCACGGAGCUGACCGUCCGUUUGGAGCAUGCUUUCCUGAUCGGCACAAGAGCGCAAGAUGUUGAGAUGCGGAGCCGCUUCAUGCGGAUCUUUGAUCGGAGUUUGACUCGGCUGGCUAGCUCGCGCUUGAGCUAUGUGCUCACUUGCCAGAACUGGGAUACUCUUGCUGACUCUUUCUGGCUUUCUCAGGCGUCCCAGUUGGUCCUUGGAUGUGUCGAUAUGAACACCAGCGCUCGCUUGAAUCCGGCUGACUUCACUCUGUAUCCUGUUUCAUUCCUUUUUGGCGGUGGUGACAAGGAUCCCAGGAAGUCAGAUAUCAUGGUUGAUGAUCAGCUGGAGACCUUCGUUGCUGAGCGCAGGCGGUUCAUGUCUGACAUUGGUGAUGUCCGGGUUCGUGACUUGAUGGAGCCUUUGAUUCAGCUGCAGCACACCGAUCCCUCUGUUGCCUACAAAUUGUGGACCACCCUCUUCCCUCUCUUCUGGUCCACAUUGUCCAAGGAAGAUCGGAUCGACCUUGAGAAGGGCAUGGUCAACUUGCUUACGCGGGAGUACCAUCAGAGACAACUGGACAAGCGUCCCAAUGUCGUACAGGCCCUUCUUGAGGGUACUGUGCGUGCCCGUCCAAGGUUCAAGAUCCCUCCUCAUGUCAUGAAAUACCUUAGCCGUACCUAUGACGCUUGGUACACUGCCGCGACAUACCUGGAGGAGAGUGCCAUCAAUCCGAUUAUCGAUACACCGACCGUCCGGGAGAGCAACCUGGACGCACUUGUCGAGGUCUAUUCGGGCUUGCAGGAGGACGACUUCUUCUACGGAACUUGGCGACGUCGUUGCAAGUUUGUUGAGACCAAUGCUGCACUCUCCUACGAACAACAGGGGAUGUGGGAUAAGUCUCAGCAGCUCUACGAGAAUGCACAGAUCAAGGCGCGCUCUGGUGCCAUGCCAUUCUCGCAGGGUGAAUAUUUCGUUUGGGAAGAUCACUGGUUGAUCUGCGCUCAGAAGCUCCAGCAGUGGGAGAUCCUUAGUGAUUUUGCCAAGCAUGAGAACCUGAACGAUCUUCUGCUGGAGGCUGCAUGGAGGAAUAUCGAAAACUGGCAGAGCGAAGGGAACCGCGAGCAACUCGAGUCUUUGAUCAAGUCUGUCUCCGACGCCCCCACGCCGCGGCGCACCUUCUUCCAAGCCUUCAUGGCUCUUCUCCAAUAUCACACGAAGAAGGAGGGUCUGCAGGAUUUCAACACGGUCUGCGAUGAGUCUAUUCAGCUUUCCAUCCGCAAGUGGUUGCAGCUGCCCAAGCGCAUCACGAACGCCCACAUUCCGAUUCUGCAACAUUUCCAGCUCUUGGUUGAGCUGCACGAUGCCAGCCAUAUUUGCGGCAGCUUGUCUCAGACCAACGAGCGGAAUCUGGAUACCAAGUCUGCGGAGUUGAAACUCCUGCUCGGGACCUGGCGUGAUCGGCUGCCCAACCUCUGGGACGACAUCAACACUUGGCAGGAUCUUGUCACUUGGCGUCAGCAUAUUUUCCAGCUUAUCAACGGCACAUACCUCAGCCUGUUGCCCCCUCAGACGAACAACGUCGCCAGCAACUCUUAUGCAUACCGCGGAUACCACGAGACUGCCUGGAUCAUCAACCGUUUCGCCCAUGUCGCACGCAAGCACCAGAUGCCUGAGGUCUGUAUCAACCAGCUCAGCCGCAUCUACACGCUGCCGAACAUCGAGAUCCAGGAGGCCUUCCUGAAGCUGCGCGAGCAGGCCAAGUGCCACUACCAGAACCCGAAGGAGCUGAACAGUGGCCUCGAUGUGAUCAACAACACCAAUCUCAAUUACUUCGGACCACAGCAAAAGGCCGAGUUCUAUACGCUGAAGGGCAUGUUCCUCGCCAAACUCGACCAUGUCAAUGAAGCGAAUGAGGCGUUUGGUGUCGCUCUCUACUACGAUCUGCGACUUGCCAAGGCCUGGUCUGAAUGGGGCCAGUACAGUGACCAACGUUUCAAGGCUGAUCCAACGGACUAUGAGUUGGCCAGCAACGCGGUCAGCUGUUAUCUCGAAGCGGCUGGUCUUUACAAGAGUGCCAAGUCGCGGAAAUUGCUCAGCCGUAUUCUUUGGCUUCUCAGUCUGGAUAACGACGAGGGCAAGAUUGCAAGUGCGUUCGAGAACUUCAAGGGAGAUACCCCGGUCUGGUACUGGAUUACUUUCAUCCCGCAACUUCUCACUAGUCUCUCCCAUCGUGAGGCGCGCCUUUGCAAGGCUGUUCUCGUGAAGAUCGCCAAGCUGUACCCGCAGGCGCUCUUCUUCCUGCUUCGUACGAACAGAGAGGACAUGCUGAGCAUCAAGAAGCAGCACGACCAGAAGAUGAACCGAAGCAGACAACAGCAGCAGCAACAACAACAACAGGGCUCUUCGCCAAGUACCAAGGCCCCUGCUGUCGAUGGAUCUCCCAUCCAGAAACCCCAAACAGCAACCAGUGCGUCUCCGGCCGUUCAGAAUGCGGGCUCUCCAGUAGCUGCGCAGACACCCGCACAGCCGCCGCAGAGCCAAUCACCUGCGCAGCCUCCAGCUCAGGUGCAGCAGUCACCACGCCAGGGCCCGGGCCAAAGCCCCAGUCAACCCCAAGCUGGUCAGACUUCGAACCCACCGCAGCAGAGCAACCUGCAAGCCUCGGGACCGAAUGGAACCCCGCAACAGAAUCAACCCGCCUCGACGGCGGAGGGAGAGAAGGAGCCGCUCAAGAAACCAUGGGAGUACUCCGACGAGAUCAUGUCGGGACUCAAAACAGCCUUCCCCUUGCUCGCCUUGUCGAUGGAGACGAUGGUCGACCAGAUCCACAAGAACUUCAAGUGUCCGCCCGACGAGGAUGCUUACCGUCUCAUUGUUGCUCUCCUGAACGAUGGGUUGGCUUACGUGGGACGCAUGCCUGGAUCGUACGCGCAGGAUUUCAAGCUGCCAUCUGCGACCGAAGCCAAUAUCACCAGAUUCGCAGAGACCAUUCUCCCCGCGCACAUCCGCAAAUCUUUCGAGGCGGACUUUGUGGUGAAGAAGCCGACCAUGCACGAGUACAUCCAGAAGCUGCGUCGCUGGCGUGACAAGUUUGAGGAGAAGCUCGACCGCCGGGCCCCGUCCGGAUUCCUCGAGUCCUACUCGCCGCACCUAAGCGAGUUCCGUUUCCUCAAGUUCGACGAAGUCGAGGUGCCAGGACAAUAUCUCCUGCACAAGGACAAGAACCAGGAUUUCGUUCGCAUCGACCGCUUCCUUCCGGACGUCGACUUGGUCCGGGGUAUUGGUGUCUGCCAUCGUCGCCUGAAGAUUCGUGGACACGACGGAAGCGUUCAUGCUUUCGCAGUCCAACACCCAGCCGCACGCCACUGUCGGCGUGAGGAACGGAUUCUUCAAUUGUUCCGCAUCUUCAAUGGGUUGCUGGCGAAACGCAAGGAGAGCCGACGACGGAAUCUGUACUUCCACUUGCCACUGAUGGUGCCGCUUGCGCCACACAUUCGCCUGGUCCGUGACGAUUCGUCGUAUAUCUCAAUGCAGGGCAUUUACGAGGACUACUGCCGACGAGUUGGCAUGAACAAGGAUGAGCCGGUGCUGUUCACGAUGGACCGGAUGCGUUCUCUGGCGGAAACGAAGCAGAAUCGCACGCCCGAUCAGCAGCAGGUUCUUCGUACUGAGAUCCUGACCGCCAUCCAGGACAAAUGGGUUCCCAGUACUGUGGUUUUGGAAUAUUUCCAGCAGACCUACCCCAACUUUUCGGACUUCUGGCUCUUCCGGCGGCAGUUCGCCUACCAGUACGCGGCCGUUGCUUUCAUGACCUACGUGAUGCACAUUGGCAAUCGCUACCCGAACAAGAUCCUAGUCUCUCGCUCGACCGGCGACAUCUGGGGUGCCGAGUUGAUCCCAACCAUCAACCCGGCCAAGGCGUUCUUCUACAACCCAGAGCAAGUUCCCUUCCGCUUCACGCCGAACAUCCAGACACUCCUGGGCCCCAUCGCCACCGAGGGCCUGUUCGCGUGUGCCAUGAUGGCGAUCGCUCGCUGCCUGACGGAACCGCGCCACGAACUGGAGCAACAGCUCAGCGUGUUCGUGCGUGAUGAGAUGAUGUUCUGGGCUACAGCGCAGCACCGUGGUGUCCUUCCGGUGCCACAGCUACGAGAUCUGGUCUACAACAAUAGCGAGAUCAUUGUCAACCGCGCCGUCAGCCUCGCCAGCCCGCCGGAGGGUAACCUGCCUGCCAACCAGACCACGAUCGAUCUAAUCUCGAAGGCGGUUAACCCCCAGCACCUGGCAUCGUGCGAUGCUUUGUGGAUGCCUUAUCUGUAA